UGCUCUCGGUUUGAUGGGAUUCGUUUGUGUUUGAAUCCAAUAUUUUGAGGAGAAAUUGCUAGACCCAAACUAAAUUUGGUCUGUUUCGAGAUGUUUUUCUGAAAAUGGCAAACGGAGCAUCCAUCUUUUUCGUUCUUGGUGGCACAAUGUCUGAACUACUAACCAGAUUUCUGUUCCCUGCAAUGAGAAGCAGCUGACAGAGAGGAUAGCUACCUGUCUAGAAAGCCAUUGUCCAAUCACAACCAUGGAGUACCAGGGCGGAACCCUCAACAGCAGCCAAUCGGUGAUCAGUGGCCUGGAAACGCCUGGGCUAGCUGCGUUUAAGCCCACCCACUCCCGGAGCGGCAGCACUGGCUCCUCUCUUCACUCGCGUCAGAACUCCAGAGACUGGGAGGUAAUGAACGACAUUCAGCCCUUGGUCCCAGUGCCUGCCCCUAACCUGGACAUCAAUGUGCCUGGCAUCUGCGAGGGCUACAUGAUGAAGAAGAGGAAGUACCCCCUCAAGGGGUGGCACAAGAGGUAUUUCUACCUGGAGAAAGGAAUCCUCAAAUACACUAAAACCCAACAAGAGAUUUCAAAGGGAAAGAUCCAUGGGUCCUUGGAUGUCAGUGUUGCAGUCAUGUCCAUCAAUAAGAAGUCUAAACGCAUUGACCUGGAUGCUGGGCACAGUAUAUACCACAUGAAGGCCAAGAGUCAUGACAUCUUCUACAUCUGGCUGACCAAGCUGUCUGCCCACCGCACGUACAGGAAGAAUGAGGCCAUAACUGUCCACCAGGGGGUGCUGCGGGCACUAUCCUCGGGCUCCAGUACGCUGCCCGCCAUGGGCAGUCUCGCCCAGAGCGACAGGUCCAUGUCCUGCAUGCUUCCUCCUUCCUAUCAGAGCACGACCGGCCCCUCUACACCUGAGCAUGAGCAGACCUCCCCGCUGUCAUCUGGAGUGAAGAGUAAGGUGUCCGCCUGGCUCAAACAGACCACAGAAGCAGACUCCUGCACCCAGGAGCUGAGCCGGUGCGAACUGGACCUGGCCGAGCUGGGUCGUCUGAUCCAGCGACUCCACUGGUUGGAGGGCGGCCUGCCUAUUACCUACUCGGAUCUGGAGCGACGCAUCAGUAUGCAGAAUCUCACUCUAGAAAAGCCAAAGAAAAAAUCCGGGAAGAUCUGGGGCCACUCGCGUUCACACUCUCACUCACCGAUGUACUCCUCCAGUUACCUGGGCAGCACAGCACACCUGGGUGCCUCUGUUCAGUCCAUCCCUGACUACGUCUAUAACCAGCUCUCCACCCCAGCCACCACCUCGCCCGAGGGCAAGAAGCUCACACAGGACAUCUGUGUCCUCUCCACACGAGUGCACUCCUCUCUGAAGUCCAUCCAUGAUGUUCUGACUGUGGAGCGGGAGCGUGUGCGGCAGGCCUGGACCGGGCCUGAUCUGCGCCAGUCCACCUCGGACCAGCUGGCCACACUGUGCUCCACCAUGUCUGAGGUGGAUCUGCAGACCCAUCUAACAAAAAUUCACUCCCUGUCCCUCUCCUCUGAAUCGACGGAAGACUCCUUCUGCACUGUGCGCCAGAACCAGCCUGCCCGCUCAGCUGACCGGCAGCACAUGCGGCAACUCUCCGUGGCCGAGUCCGUGACGGAAUAUUUCGAUGCCAGUGAGGUGCUUAUCUGCGAGAGCUCGUCAGAGAAUGAGACGGACGAGUCGGGUGUGAGCGACAUCACCACCAGCAACUCCGAACCUGAAGAGGGCCACGCUACAGCCACCAUUAAAUACCGGGAGAGUGUCUCUAGCGCCCCAGACGUCCCCAGCAGUGUCCCCAAGGACAUCAGGCGGCGGACAACCCUGCCCGGGUCGUCUCUUGAAAACGGCCACGUCGGCAUCCUCACCAUCCUCACCAACAACAUCGGGAAGGACCUGUCACGUGUGUCCAUGCCGGUGGCCCUUAAUGAACCACUCAACUUCCUGCAGAGGGUCAGUGAGGAGCUGGAGUAUUCAGAGCUGCUGGACAUCGCCAACCGCACGGAUGACCUCUACGAGAGGAUGGUGUAUGUGGCUGUCUUUUCCAUCUCUGGCUAUGCCUGGGCAACCUGGCGAAGUAACUACAAGCCCUUCAACCCUGUCCUGGGCGAGACCUACGAGAGCGUCAGAGAUGACAGAGGGUUCCGCUACUCCAGUGAGCAGGUCAGUCAUCACCCACCUCUGUCUGCGUGUCAUGCGGAGUCUGAAAACUUCAACUUCUGGCAAGACCAGCGCUGGAAGUACAAGUUCUGGGGCAAAUCAGUAGAGAUCAUCUCCGCCGGACAUGUCAAUGUGUCUUUGCCCAGGUACGGAGAUCAGUACGAGUGGAACAAGGUCAUCACCUGCAUCCACAACGUGUUCACCACGCACCGGCACCUGGAGCACUAUGGAGAUGUGGUGAUCAAGAUGAAAAACAGCGACGCGUGCACGUGCAAGAUCUCCUUCCUCAAAGCUCGCUACUGGAGCUCAGAGAGCAGUAAGAAUGAGGUGCAUGGCACAGUCCUGAAUGCAGCGGGCAAGGUGGUUCAUCGCUUUGGUGGCAACUGGCAUGAGGGCAUCUCCUGUGACACCCUGUCCAGCCCACAAUUUAUCUGGAAGCCGAACACUCAGCCUGAAGAUGGUGUCAAGUACUUUGGCUUCUCGCAGUACGCCAGAGAGCUGAAUGAACUCACCCCUGAGCUGGACAGGGUGCUGCCCCCUACAGAUUCACGCUACAGGCCAGACCAGAGACUCCUUGAGGAGGGAAAGGUGUCUGAGGCCGACAAAAAGAAGGACGAGAUUGAAAAUAAACAGCGGGACAGACGACUAUUGAUGACCAAGAAUGGCGAGGAACAUGUGCCGCGCUUCUUUAAGAAAGAACUGGACGAAGCUGGUAGAGAGGUGUGGGUGACCAACGGAACCUACUGGAAGGUUCGGGAAAACCCAGGUUUCGCCAACACAGAUAACCUGGAUCUUUGGUAGUCCUGUUUGUCCAAAAAAAAAGAAUAAACAAUAGUUUCUCUUAAGAGACAUGACUGCUGGUAGGCACCAGUGAUCCCGUAUCCAGUGUUGCUAUGGGAAAGAGACCGAUGAGGAAGCGUUUCUGCAAGAAAUGAGCCACUCUGCCCGCAUGUGAGUGGGGAUUAUGCAAACCCGGAGUACAUGAGGAACGGAUCGGAAUGCCACCCGUCCAUCUAAAAUGCCGAUAUUCCAGACAUGCCUGUCUGCUUCACUCAUCUCCACAGCACCAGGUCAGGUGACUUAAAUAGAAAUUACUUUUAUGAAUACGAUGUACACUCCUUUACUAUUAUGACUAUUACAAAUGUCAGGUACUUUUAUUAAUGAAGAAUGAAUGAUGAUUCAUGUGGGAAUGAAAUGUUGACAUGAAACGCAGAUCUGAUAAGGUAGUGUGCAGAUGUGGCUGUGCGCGAAGUGAAUGAGAAGGUGGUGGUUAUUGGUUGCACUGGACAAGAUAUGUUCCCACUCCUGUGGGUCUUAACUCUACGCUUGCCAUAUGUCUAAUGGAUUGUAAAUGUUACCUUUACAUUGUGGUGUGUGUGUGUGUGUGUGUGUGUGUGUGUGUGUGUGUGUGUGUGUGUGUGUGUGUGUGUGUGUGUGU